AUGUUCGUUGUGUGGAGACUUUUUCUUCAAAGAGCCCAGCAGUCAUGUCUACAUCAAGUUAUGGUGUUUGACGUGUAUUACACUUUACAAGUGCUUACCGUCGGCUUAUCGUUUGUCAACGUUCUAGUUAUCAGUUUUGAUCGCCAUUAUGCCUUAGCCAGACCUCUGGAGUACAUUACUCGCGCCACUAAAACAGGUGGGUUGUUUGCAUAAGCAUUUGAUAAAUAAGGUCUCUUAGAAGAUAUGGGCAUUCACUGUAACUAUAGUGACUGGUAUAGUUACUGGUCUAAGAUUACGGCAUUGAAUCGCAUAGCGCUUUUGUAAAAUGCUUGGAUCUUCCGGCCAAGUUUAGUCAGCACCAACUGUUUGUAAAGUAGCCGAGAAAAGAAGGAUUAUCUGGAACGAAUAAUAAUUAUGUUAUCAUUCGAUCACCGAGUUCUUUUUUUAGUGCAUAAACUAAUGGAUUGGAAGUGAUCAGCCAUUUGCACGAAAGAGCGAUCGCAAGAAGGAGAAAAGCGUGGUAUCAUUUACGCAUGGGCAGAAUAUUAUUUUCAACCAAACACAGUUGGACGACAUUGCGCAUGAGUAGACCAUUAUUUGCAGUCAGUUAUUUGCAGGUCAAGUGUGAACUCUCGGCCAAUGAAAAGGAAGAAAGAUUUGCAUCGAAUGAUAAUUUAAUUUUCCAUCCUGUGGACAAUAACAAUGACUGACUGGCUGAUUAACUGAUGGCACGUAAUUAUCGGUUCCAGUGUUCUUAAUCAGGCCUUUACCAAGGCAAAUAUUGCAUCUACCUGACAAGUUUAUCAGUUUGCUAUUUUCCUUUAUAUGUUUCUUUUUUAGUCUCAUUCGAUGAAGUUUCCUGGAUACCUUACCAUAUUAGGUCUGUAAGCACCACCAGGUCGGAACGAGAUCGUCGACCAUAAAACAGUUGGUAUUGCGAGAAAAACGACUCGCCACGCGCAUCCUGGUAUAUUUCUUUAAUAUUUGCUGCCCAACUAUGACGUGAACCUUGUAAUGUGAAGUUACAUGGACGACGUCAAGACACGAGGACGAAUUUGUCUGCCUGUUUUUGAACAAAUUUCAUGCAGCUCGUUAGAAUUAAGCUCUAGGGAAACUGGCCUCCAUUUGAUAAAUUUAACGAGGCUAAAAAGGGAAUAGAGUGUGCGGAAAGAAUGUAAAUUCCUUUAAGUGAAAUUUCACUGCUUUUGCGUGGUAAUCAGUCUACAUGCAGCUUAUUAACUUUAUUUUUUUCGAUCCUGUUUUGCAGGAGCAGUUAAAGUUACCAUCUUCGCAAACAUAAUCUGGCUUUUUUUAACAAUCGUACUUCAAUUUACUUUGCCUCCUCUACCAGGCUUCAUUUUCGUGACUUCCUUUGGUGUGCUGUUUCUGAUUGUCCCCUCAGUCAAUUAUGUUAGAGCCCUACUCGCUAUUCGUCAUCAUAACGCUCAGCUGGGUGAUGAAGUUACGCUACAGAUGUCAAUAAUAUUGCAGCGCGAGAAGAGAGUUGCACUUGACAUGUGCAUUGUCACCGGCUUGCUGUUUGCUUCUCUCUCACCAGCUCUUUCCAUGUCAACUGUUCAAAAGCGAUAUCCUCGACUACACUCCAUUCUGCUCCCUUGGAGUUUGACAAUGUCGUUUAUUCCGUCCGCUGCGAAUCCACUCAUUUACGUUUUACGUAAUAAGAAAAUAAGAAAUGCCUUUAAAUCUAUUAUCAACAUGUAA